CUAAAGGACGGCCAUUCUUUUCUGUAAACUAACGGCCCAUUCAAAUAAAUAGGCCUUUGCAGGCUGAACGGGCCAAGAUUGUCUACUGAAGCCUGGCCACUCUCCAAAACCCUCGUGACCUCUUCUUUCCUUCCUCUUUGUAGACACGGAGCCGCAGAGAACUCCGACGAGCCUCCCACCCGCGAUACCGAUCCAAGGAUGGCAGCAUCGACGUCCAGCGCCGGUGAGGCCGUCACCAUGAGGCUUGCGAACGGGAAGACGAUCAGCUGGCCGGCGACGGUGGCCGGGAAGAUCGAGGAAGGGUUGUACAAGGUGGGGUUGUUGGAACGCGCGGCGGAGGCCACGGACCGCGACCUGAAUUUGCUGGAGAAACAGGUGGAGGCCAUGACGGCGGAUGUGGGAUUCGAGCUGCAACUUAACGAUUACUGCUACGACCUCGAGCACAUGCGCAAGGCGCGACAGGAGUUCCGCUUCCGCUCGCUCUCCGAGGUGGAGGAACGGUCCCUCGGCCAGAUCCGCGACCUUGCCUCUUCCGCCAUAGAAGACUACAAAACCCGCGUCGGCCCCGUCCCUGCCUACGACAAUCCCAUCAGCCUGUUCAGCGACACCAUCCCCUUAGAGCUUCCUGAAUCUUUGGCCAUGGCGAUAGCACUUCCUUCAGCUUCUCACCACAAGAAUAUUGUUGUAUUCAGAAAGGGAAAGCUUCGUUUGCUCUCGAGUACUCUGCUCCCCUUAUCAGCUACCGCAGAUCGCGUGAGAGGCAGCAAACGGCAACAUACAGUCCCAAACGUUUCCUAACAGGGUGGUUACAGUUGUAUUUCCGAUCUAGAGGUGCGGUCUGCCCCCACAGCUGCAUGCACCGAACCUGGAAAAGCAAAGUACUGCUCCUAGUCUCCUACUAGUACUACCCUCCUCUCUAUUUAACAAUUAUUUCAUUUCUGAGAGGAUGCUCAGCAACGCUAUAUAUACAGUGUUUGACAUUGUUUGAUUUGACAGUGUUUCCAUGUAAACAUAUAUUUUUCCAAAAUAGAGAGAGAAAACACAUAUUGUUGAGAAAGAAUUGAUAUAUAUAGAUAGAUAGAUAAACGAAAUCUUGUAGGGAAAGAGAAAACACGUGCUCUUGAGAGAGAAUGGAUGUAACAGAGAGAGAGAAAAAAACACAGAGAAUGGAUAUAUACAAGAUACAGCUACCAUAGCCGGAGGUUUCUUCGCUCUGUGAGAGCUCCACGCCAGCGUUUUCCGUCGUCCGGCCCUUCCUUCGCUUUAGUCUGUGCGGCGUGCGGCGUCUUGGUCUCUGGUGGUGGGCCGCUGUUGUGGGCGUUGUCAGGCUGGGCCAUUGUCAGCGAAGAGGUCCUGUCUUGGGGCCAGGCGAUGUGCGGGAGGGGCCUCCGUCCGUCGACGCGUGUUGGGCCGGCUGUGCGCUGUCUUUUUGGGGCUUUCUAGAGCCUGUGUGCUGGCCGUGUUUAAGGCGUUAAAUGUUGUGCUGUCUUUUGGCGGCUUUCUAGAGCCUGUGUGGUGGCCGUGUUUAAGGCGGUAUGUUGUUCUGGCGUCUUCCACGGCUCCUAUAUAUUGGGGUGUUCGUCGGCAUCAAUCGCUGCGUGGUUUGGUGAUCUGCUUUCUGCUGGUGUUGUUUUCUCAGUGCAGGUGUGAUUCGGUGAAGGUGAUUGAUGGCGGGGGAACUGCCAAUCUUCCUUUUGUGUGCUUCUCCCUGGUUUCGUGACUGGUGCUCUGCUCUUCUAGGGCGUGUUUGGUUUGCUACCAAAACAUACCAAGCCAAUUUUUUGGCAUUGACCAAAAUUUGGUGUUUGUUUGGAUGGUGACCAAAUAUUUGGCUAGCCAAGGUCCCAUAACUAACUCUAGUUCAAUUUUUUGGCCAAAGUUGGCCAAUUCAUGGGCUAGCAAAACCAUCACCAAUUAUUUGGCUAGCCAAAUUUUUGGUAGGGCAACUUUGGGCUCAAACCAAACAGCCCCCUAUUCUGCGGCCGUUUUGCUUCUGCCGUUUAGGUAAGCUCUUUCUUAUUCUUUCAUGUCACGUUGCCAAUGGGCUAGAUCAUGGGUCGUCUUUUCUGUUUCUUGUUCGUCCGUCGUGGAUGUUUGGUUGGUCUAGUUAACGGAUGCUGCGGGUUCUUUUCAUCGUGUUUUUUUUUGGGUUGCUCUGUGUCCAUGGACGGGGCGGUCUGGUGCAUUUGUACCUACCGACAUGGCGACUGGUGGUCGUGGUCGCCAUGGCGCAAGCCGAGCUGGUCCCUUGAUCUCUCUCCGCGUCUCGCUUGCGCUUCUCCCGAGGAGAACACGGCCGCUGGACCAUGGAUUGGUGGCCAUGGAGAUCUACCGGGCUGUGAGCCGGUCAGGGCGAGUGCCGACUUCCGGAUGUUCGCCAGGUAUGACCGCUCCAUCCAGCGAGCCUUCACGCUCUACUAGGCCUAUUUUUGUCGGCAGGAAUUUUACUUGGUUUAAUGGAGUGGCAGGUUAGUUGAGGAUAUAUUUUAUGCAUCCUCCUAAUAUAAGUGAAGUGAUCUCCUUAAUUUGAUUAAUUCUUUGAUCCACCGGUAGAAGCGAUCUAAUAUGAUUCAGUAUGGGUUCUAGAACAGUGAACAGUAGGUGUAAAGUAAUAUCUUGCAGUUCUUCUGUCGAACGUGUUGCCUGAAGAAUAAAAAUAAAAUUCAAUUUGACCUGGUGCUUCGUUCUCUCUCUAGGUAUACAAUGAAACAAAUAUUAAAAUAAAGGGAAAGAAAGGCUAAAUCAACAUGCAUCUUUUCACACAAUGAGAAGUCGUGAUACAUAAACUUUGUAAUGUUGGUCUGGAGCUGUUACAAGCCACUGAAAAAUGCAAACAUUUGCCUUUGCACCUUUAGCAAUUUCAAGUGUAUGCUUCGUUUAAAGCUAUGUCCGAAUAACAAUACUUGAAUUAUGUAGCGCAUUAUGGAUAUGCACAAGGUUGUUUUGCAAAAUGAGUCAGUACUAAUAUUCUGUCAUACAAGCUUCAAUGGUGGCAAAGAUUUUUGGUAUUUGGGUACUGCCUUUGGUGUAUAAUACUAUAAAUAGUCAGUCCAAAUAUUAGUCUCAGAUUUCACUUCACAGGUUUGAGGAAACCCCCUUCAGCAUAUCAGAUCACCAGCUUGACAGUAAGUUCUGGGUGCAUCUUGUUUUACCUUUCUGUCCUACAAGAUAAAUUUGAACCUUUCCUCUCAUGGAGCUCUCUGAAAGCUGAAAUAUAGCUCAGUUUAUUCCUUGCACAUGUUUAUAGACCUUUUAUAGUUAUGGUUUACACUACAAGCAGGUCUUAUAGUUGUAGAAAUGUCAGAUUGCAAUGCAUCAUGAAUGAAGAAUCUUUUGCUCAUGCUACAGUGCUACACACUGCUUUGGUGCAAGUCAUUGUUAUUAUGGCCUCAAAAAAUAAAUGUACUGUCAUUAUGGUAGUGUAGGUAACACAAAAAACUAACAAUACAGUCCUUAGUCUGAUUAUUACCGACUUCUAUGAAAUGUUUGGAUGUGGUGAACCACCUUAAGAAUUUUUGUGUCUCACUUCCAAUAAGCUAGAUAAUAGCACCAACUAACUUUUCUGCAGCAAACUUACGAAAAUUCAAGGAACAGAUGGCGUCGGAGAACCCUAUAUAGCUGACCAUAAACAAGUAAGUUGCUCAAGUUAUGGACUACUUUAUUCUCUUUAUAGCAUACUUACUCUACUUUUUGUCUUUUUAGCAAUCGGAU